GCCCUAGUAGGUUUGCGAUCUGUCUUGCUAUCUGUCUUGCUAUCUGCGGCAGCCGGCGGCAACGACCAGUCUCAUCACUCGCUGCAACGGCCACACCUUCCCCAUGCACCCCAAGCGUGAGACUAUGGAAGACGGAUAGAGGUCCGCGCUCCGAUCGGAGUUAGAAACGACGGAAGUCGAGCCUUCGCCGGAUCGCAGCGAGAAAAGGUUGAAUCCUACGAAUAAUAUAAUAUACUAUAAUAUAUUAUAUUGUAGUAUACGCGAACAGGAGUUCAUGUCUCAUUGAUGCACAUCAUCAUGAUGCACAUCUCAGACAUCAGCACGUCAUCAUGAUGCACAUCUCAGACAUCAGCACAUCAUGCAACCAAAUUUCGACGAACGGUGACAGCCGGAAGAGAGAGAGAAAAAGAAUCAUCAGAAGCCGCCGUCCUUUUCCCACGGUGUCCACACUGCGAAUAAUUUCCAGCCAACAAACCGCGGAAGGCGGCAAUGGACACGGCCGACAUGGCUCCCCAAAAUAAUUUAUUUAAAGCUUCGUCUUCAUGUAUCGCUUGCACGAUGCGCGCGCCGUUUCCCCGCUUUUUCAGGCGCAGGCGAGCAUCUAUCGCAGUCGCAGAUGAGAUAAGCCAUCAAGAGAACGAGGAGAAAAAAAAACUUCUUGGUCGAGAAGUCUAUUCGCGUUGCGGCUCUCGAGUCGCCCUCAUCGCUGUCGCAACAGUCGCAACGUGACACGAGUUGCUUGUUGACUUCAUGCGCAGUUGGCGGUGUAUUUUUUUUACGGACCCUGUGAUAUCUUGCUUUUAUUUAAUAUUUUCUUCUCAUAGAUUUUAUUUUUACAUUUUCCUUUGAAGCCUUAUCUAUCCGCUCGACGGGACUCGAAAGUCGGAAUUCUCCCCGCCAGAAGCCACCGCCCAACAUCCGCAGAAGCCCUCCCGCGUCCUCCCGACAUCCCGAUUCCCCGAGACGCCCUCUGAACCGUCUCGCCCGCCGAACCGUCUCGAUGGCCCUAUGGGAGGCGAUCCAGCGACUUCCGCACGAGACCUUCCUCCAGGUCCAGGCCCUCUACCUGGACCACUUCCCCAUCGAAGUCCGCCACUACCUCGCCCACUGGAUCGAGGAGCAGAAUUGGUCGGAGGUCGGCCCGGACGGUCCGGGACAGGAGAUGGCGAGCGCCCUGGUGAGCGCCCUCAUCCGGGAGCUGCAGCGGGUGCACGCGGCGAUGGACAGCGCCCACUUCGUCGCGAGGAAUAACCUCGCGGAAGCCAUCAACGACUUCUCCAGAUAUCAGCGGUGUCCGACGGCCCUGGUCCAAACGAUGCAGCACUGCUUGCGACAGGAGCUGCAACUCGUUCAGCAAUCUCAACAGAAUGGUGCAACUGAUCCAGGAUUCUGGGACCCUGAUCACAUGACCGACAUCCUUGAGAUGCAGAACAACCUGCGACAGAUGAAGGAGGUCGACCUCCGUCACUUGGAAGAAGAGCAGGAGAACUUCCACAUUCAAUACAACAAGUAUGAAAAUAUUAACAGGGCGCUGAAUUCCCUUCAAGGUCGUGAGGGGCAGCAAGGGGUGGAAGCAAAGGUCCUUUUGCUUCAAAACCAGAAUGCAGAGAUGCAGCAAAACCUUAAGAUGAAAUUUGCUGCCAUUGAGGAGACCCGCAAAGCGUAUUGGCAGAAGCAGCUGACCAACUUCCAGCGCUUGCAGGCCCUGCAGGAGGUGGUGGAGAGUGAAUUGGUCAUGUAUAAGAGGGAGCAGCAGCUCGCCGGGAACGGAACUCCAAUUACUCGCAGUUUGGAUAAAAUUCAGUCUUGGUUUGAAAGAUUGUUCGAAAGCAUCUGGGAGAUGCGGCAGCAGAUCACUACAUUCCAACGGCUGCGAGAGAGCUCUAAGUUUCAGUUCAACGACCAAGUCAUCCAGGUUGACUCGCUGGCAUCGGAAGUCACCAAGCUGCUCUCCACCCUCAUCACCAAGGCGUUUGUGAUUGAGAAUCAGCCGCCGCAAGUGGUGAAAACAUGCACCAAGUUCGCAGCCUCGGUCCGCUUGCUGGUCGGGGGGAAGCUCAAUAUUCACAUGAUUUCUCCUCAGGUGACGGCGAGCAUCGUCAGCGAGGCACAGGCGAGGCAACUCUACCAACGAGAUAACUCCCAAACUUCCCGCAUCCACACCUGCGGAGAGAUCCUCAACAAUAAGGGAACCAUAGAGUACCACCCGAGUAGCCGCCAGCUCAUUGCCUCCUUCAGAUGCAUGCAGCUGCCUAAGAUCAAGCGAACUGAGAAGAAGGGAAACGAAUGUGUGGUGAUGGACAAGAAGUUCGCUCUCCUCUUCCAGACAUCCUUCAAAAUCGCUGGAGAGGUCCCUGUAGAGGCGUGGACGCUAUCCCUCCCCAUAGCCGUGAUCGUCAAUGUGUCCCAAGAGCCGAACGCGUGGGCCACGGUCAGCUGGGACAACGCAGUCGCCGAAGAGGGCCGCGCUCCUUUUGACGUCCCGGACCAUGCCCCUUGGCCUAAGGUGGCCGAGAUGCUCAAUGCCAAGUUCAUGUCGGCGUGCGGGCGCCCCCUCACGGAAGACAACCUGAAGGUUCUUGCUGCGAAGGCAUUCGGGAGCCAUACACCACAAGACUACAACAGCCUCUCCCUGACAUGGAGCCAGUUCUGCAAGGAGCCCCUACAUAACCGCAGCUUUACCUUCUGGGAGUGGUUCUACCAGAUCCUGAAGCUGACGCAAGGGGACCUCCGCCACCUCUGGAACGACGGGUUGAUCCUGGGAUUCAUCGGGAGGGAGCAGACGAGGGAGGUUCUCCAGCGAUGUCGGCCUGGGACGUUUCUUCUCAGAUUUUCGGACUCGGAGCUCGGCGGCAUCAGCAUAUCCACAAUCACCAGUUCGUCUGGAUGCAGCGGGGAAGAGUGCAUGGCAGUACAAAGCAUCAAGCCGUGGACCCAUAAAGACCUGAAGAUGCGCAGCCUCCCCGACCGAAUCCGCGACAUCAGUCGCCUCACGCUCCUCUACAAGGACAUCCCCAAGGACGUCCACAAGGACAUCCCCAAGGACGUCCACAAGGACAUCCACAAGGACGUCCACAAGGACGAGGUCUUCGGGAAGUACUACACCCCCGUCCAGGCGGAGUCGCCUCCGAACGGGUACAUCACGCCCGUGCUCCUCACGUUCGUCCCGGAGCUGGCUGGGCAGAGUCCUUCGAGUUCCUUCCCGACGUCAUAUCCACAGGGCGCCCUGACAACACCAGAUGAUACAGCCCGACCGAUACACCCGACCGAUGAGACAAGAACCGAUGGAAUGCUAACGUUCGACGAUCAGUUCGAAGACGACCUAGAUAUCGACAUCGACCUAGUCUUCGAAGAUAUUCUGCCGGACCUGACCAGAAACAUGAGGGAGUUCCAGAACUUGUUCAACCUCACUGGUAUCACCGGAGCGCAAGGAUGAUAUUCAGCCGGGAAGGGCGAGGGGCGCUCGGGUCGGUCGCUCCAGUCCUGUCAUUGCCGGGUCAUUCGUCCACCAUGUGUGUUAUUCGUAUUUCGUGACUUUGAAAGGAUGGGUUGAUUAAUUUGCCAGAUCGUGUGAUUACUUAAUGUACCUGAGUGAUUAGUGUACCUGACCCAUUUUGAUUCAUGCCCAUACCCAUGUGUUCGUUUAGUCAUACCGUAUCUUCAUCAUGACAUUCUUUUACGUGGCUGUAUACGGUGAUAUGUAUUGAUCAGGUUGAUCUAGCUGGUACCAGAGCAUUCAUCUGAAGAUUCUAUGGAAUCGUUGAUUUUUCAUCUAUACUUGGAUUUCACAGUCUAUUCCUGUGCUUUCCUGUUUUUUUUUGCUGGAAGUUUGGGGCUUCUUUCCAUGGUGAUAAAUUCAGCACAUUUUCCACAUGAA